UUAAAUGACAUGCGCAUGUCAGUGACAGACGUCAGCUGAUCUGGAGUUAACCUAUAAUAAUUAUCAAUAAAUAAAUCAAAUAAAUCUUUCCUUUUUUCGCUAGAUCCAAAUACAUCUAAGCAAAAAUUAACACAAAUGAAACCCUUGUAUUUAUUAAAAAUAUAUUAGAGAUUAAAAAAUCAGAAUAAAAUCUUUUGAACAAACCGGAAAAAAAUUCCCAUUGUGGGGUUAUGUUGCUCAAUGUUUUUUACGUUUUUCAACGUAAAGAAAAAUGAACUCGAAAAUAGUUAGUGCUACUUUAAAUUUGAUUAAAUGUCGAAAACAGAUUUCGAGAACACAGGAUUGUUGCAAAUUUUAUCAUUCUUGUCACGCGACAAAGACAGCAGCUUCUUCGUCAAUUAAACCAAAGCAAUUGCGAUAUUGUAGUGAUAGUUUACCCAAGUGUUGGAAUUGCAAAUUUCCGUACAAAUCGGAGUUGUUUUGUUCGAAAUGCAAAUCCUUGCAGGAAAUGCCUGAGGAAUUGACGUAUUUCGAUAUUAUUGGAGUAAAAAAGGAUUUUGAUAUUGAUAAGGAUGACCUUCAGAGGAAAUACAGACAAAUGCAAAAUAGACUGCAUCCUGAUAAAUUUGGCAAUAGUUCCGAACAAGAAAAGCAAAUAUCAGAAAAAUUGUCUUCGUUGAUAAACAAGGCCUACAACACGUUAUUAAAUCCACUUCAAAGAGGAAUGUAUCUUCUGGAAUUGAACAAUGUGAAGCUGCCUGAAGGUACAGCGAACGUUGAUCCCGAAUUUUUAAUGGAUAUUAUGGAAAAGAAUGAAGAUGUGGAAAAAGCAUCUAAGGACAAGGAAACAGCAAUUCAGUUAAUUAAGGAGAACAGAAAGACUAUUGCUGAUUUAACAAAAAAAGUUUCUCAAGCCUUCAGAAAUGAGGAUAUUGAAACGGCAAAGCAGCUGUUAAUGAAAAUGAGAUAUUACACCAGCAUAGAAAGUAGACUAAAAAAGAUUAAACAAGAUCUAGAAAUUGUAGAAUAAUAGUUUUAAAUAAUAAUUAUAAACCUGUAAAGAAGAGAUUUCGUAAUUUCUCUGAAUUAUAAAGAAUUACGAAGGGAAGUGGUGUAAUUGGCUAUCGUAUUUUUUCUUAGAGAAUGAUAAUAUUGAAUAAAUGCAUCACCGU